GUCAAUAUCACGUCACAAUAACAAUGGCUUAAUAAUAGUUAUGACGUCACAAUAAUCUAUCCCAAAAACUUCGUUGUUAGGUACAACUUAUACAUACUCUGAAAAACACCAUGGGUAUCUUUCAGAGUUGCCUUGGCAAACACAACAGGGUAGGAGUGAUGGGAAAGGAAGAAAUGGAGGCGUAUGAAAAGGUACGUCGGACAAUGAUCACAGAAGAUAUGACAGAGAGGAAGGGCGGAGUGGCCUUCGAUCUUACUUUCCUCACUGAGGAUUCAGCACUAAAGCUGCCACCCAGACCCCCUAGUCGAUUGACCACUGACAAAAAGGAGGAUUUUGAAAAAUGGAGAGAAAACCAAGAGAAGACACAGGCAGAAAAGCAAGAGAGGGCCCAGCAAAAAAGGGAAGAGGCCAUCGUGCAGAAAAAAAUUGAAAACGCCCACAAGGAAAUGGAGCGGCUUGAAAAAUAUGUCAACAUCAGUGAUUAACUUUGAAUAUGGACUGGCAUAAAAUUUACCCAAAGCAUUUUUAUUUCUAAAUUACAAAUCUUUUGGAGCCAAGGAGGGGACACCCGAGCUCUUUUAUCCCGCUGCUAUCUUUGGCUGUUAAUUUUACGUUGUUCUCUUUUAGACCUAACCCUUUGGAAUUUUCCAGAAUGUUGGCCUCACAAACAGACGAGGCUUGCAUUGCUGACAAAAUUUGACUAUUCUAAAUUCAUCUUUGGCUUUCUUUUUCUGGUAAUGAAGCGAGCGAGAUAGAUCGCAUUGCCGAAUCACCAGAGCAAAAUUACUUCCAACUAUUUCGAACCUUUUGGCCUCUCAGGGAACUUCCUGUUUUUCGGGGGUUCCCUGUCAAAACUUGUGAAAUUGUAAAUGAUAUAUCCAUUUUGAGAUGUUUUAAAGCUCCGUUGUCCUCUCUUUUCAAAAUUUC